CCCGGCGGCGCGACCUCAGCCAGGUAGAGCGAGCUUGGGAGCCUCAUGCGCGCUGCUGUCGGGCGGGCGUGAGCGAGGCGAGGCUCCAUUCCGUGCGUCCUGCCGCUUUCGCGCCGAGGCGCGCCUUCCGCAUGGCUACGCGGGUGCUGAGCAUGAGCGCCCGCCUGGGGCCCGAGGAGCCCGUCUUCGCCCAGCUCAAGCCCGUGCUGGGCGGCCGGGAAGCCGCGCAGUUCCCGGGGCAGGGUCCCGAGGAGAUCAAGCAGCAGCAGCAAGCGGGCGCAGCAGCAGCCAGGAUCCCCAGCGAGGAGAUGGCGCAGGCCCGAUGCGAAAUGGAGAAAUAUCUGACACCUCAGCUCCCUCCUGCCCCGGUUCUCCCUGAGCAUAAAAAGUACCGCCGAGAGAGUGCCUCCGUGGUUGACCAGUUCUUCACCAACAGUGAAGGGGUGCCUUACAGCGUCAACAUGAACAUCUACCUUCCUGAUAUCACACAGCUGAGAACGGGCUUGUACAAAUCGCAGAGGCCACCGGUCACCCACAUCAAGACGGAGCCCGUGACAGCCUUCAGCCACCAGAGCGAAACUGUGGCUCCCGUCCCCAACCCCACCCAGGCGCUCCCCGAGUUCACGAGCAUCUUCAGCCCCCACCAGACACCCGACGUGAACAACCUCUUCAUCAAGCAGGAGCUUCCCACCCCAGAUAUCCACGUCUCUGUGCCCCAACAAGGUCAGCUGUAUCAGCUCCUGAGCUCUCCCGAUUUAGACAUGCCCAACCCGACUACGCAAGCGGCGGUGAUGGACUCCUUCAGUAAUGUCUCCAUGUCCUCUGCCAUGGCGGGCCUUAACACCCUGUCCUCCGCCAUGCCGCAGACGACCAUGAAGCAGUUUCACGCGAUGCCCCCUUGCACAUACACCAUGCCAAACCAGUUUCUCCAGCAACAAGCCACUUACUUCCCGCCUUCGCCCCCAAGCUCGGAGCCUGGCAGCCCAGACAGGCAAGCGGAAAUGCUGCAGAAUUUGACCCCUCCUCCGUCUUACGCUGCUACGAUUGCCUCCAAGAUGGCAAUCCACAAUCCCAGUGUGCCUGCAAACAUCCCCAUGAAUUCGCCAGCCAUCCCAGCGCCCAGGUACAACAGGAGGAGUAACCCAGACUUGGAGAAGAGGCGUAUUCAUUACUGUGAUUAUCCUGGUUGCACUAAAGUCUAUACGAAGUCUUCCCACUUAAAAGCGCACCUGCGAACUCAUACUGGAGAGAAGCCAUACAAAUGCACAUGGGAAGGAUGUGACUGGAGAUUUGCGCGCUCCGACGAGUUGACCCGCCACUACAGAAAGCACACUGGGGCCAAACCUUUCCAGUGUGCCGUGUGCAGUCGCAGCUUUUCUCGGUCUGACCACUUGGCUCUGCACAUGAAGAGACAUCAGAACUAGGCUGGACUUUUCCAUGAUGCUCUUGGUAUCUAUGCAACUUCCUAGUGACUCGGUUAAAGUAUAUAUACACGUUCAGUUAGAAUUAGCUUAAGUGUUUUGACUGCAUAUGAACUGCUCUCCAUUUUUAAAAGAGGAAAAAUUGUGAAAGAAACUGGAAGUGUAUAUUUUGUAUAUUUAUGAGGAAACAGGGAAGACACUGUGUCACAAUACUGAUGGUUUCACCAUGUUACGGCCACGUGACCUACUCUUCACGCAUUUGACUUCAGCCCCUCACAGAUGUCAUCUCAGGGCUCCCUACCAUGGUAUAUAUUUUGCAGAUAGGAUUAAUCGGUUUCAUAUAUGCAUAGGCAAAAUCAUUUUGCCAGAACAGGUUGUACAAGCGUGUGGUUUCUGUGCAGUCAUGGGAGCCAUUUCCCAGAUUUUGGCUAAACACAUGUGUCGGGAAGCCAGGGUUUUGCUGUUCCCUGUUUUACCACAUGGCGACUAAUGUUCAUACAUCACAGUAAGCCGUGAACAAGCAAUGUGGCCAUGUCUGCUUCCCAGCUACUGCUGCUUCACUACUCCGCUUGCGUGAGCAGAAGAAACAAACCGCAAACCAUGGCUUAGCGUGUUUUCCAAACCCAGAACCGUGGUUUGUUCCUGCAAACCAUGGUCCCAGCUUCAGGUGGCACAGUAAGCAAGGUUUGUGUUGUUCCCACAUGCGCCAGUUGAGGAGUGGUCAACAAACACACACGGCGACUCUGCUCAUUCAUGAUAAGCUGUGAUUUAUGGCUUACUGUGAAGUACAAAGACAGCUAAUGCAGUCUGGCAAGCUCUUCUUGUCUGUGGAUGUAAACAAGUGUCUAUGGAUGUAUCUGCACCACAGGUAUUUAAUGCCCAUAACCUUUUUCCUGGGGACCCUUGGGGGACUGUUUUGUGAUGGGGAAUCUGUGACAGAUCAGACUAUUCCUUGCAGGAAAGCAAUGACAGUUAAUUGGUAUGGAGCUGAUUAAAGUAUGUUGCAUAGCAAUGCCCCAGCUCACAUCUGCAAAAUAUAACAUGACGAGGUGUCCCUAAAUGUAAGUAUUAUGUCUCAAAAGCUCUGGAAUCUAUGUUUUUGGGGCCUUGACCAAGACACUCUUGCUCUGGUAAGCAGUGUUUAGGAAAACUAAUUUAAUUUACAGCUAAGUGAAUCUAAGAGGACAAGCCACCAUUUAUUUUCUGUCAGAAUUUUACUGGAUGUUUUAUUACUUGUUAUAUUUUAUAAAAAAGUUUUUUUCUGUGGAGAUGAAAUAUAUAUAUAUAUAUAUACAAAUUCAUAAACAGCCAUAGAACAAAAUGUUCUGUAAGUUGCAUGUUUGCUAUGACAAAGAUUUUGUAAAUAUGCAGAUCAGCUUAUAAUGUUUUCUUACAAAAGGAUUUUCUAGAAAUCAGCUGGGAAAAGUAGCAACCAUCUUACUUCGGACAGUUUUAAUAUGGCACAUUUAAAAAUUGAACCAUCUUUUUUAAAUACCUCUCAAAAAAGUUAGCCGCCUUGGUUUCACAUAAUGAGCUAGCCAUCCAAUCGCUUUUGUUAUUGUUCACACAGAUGUGAUGCACUGAGAAUUCAAAACAGAUCACGCUUCCUCCCCUAAAAUGUUUUACAAGUACAAAAUAUUUGCAAAAUAUGAACUGUUAAGCAACUGCCAGGAGCUUAAAUAACAAGGGUGGAUCUGAUACAUAAUGUUAAACCUCUUACUAUAAGCUAAACUUAAUAUUGCUUUAAAAAGAAGGAUUUAGAAUGUGGGUUUAGAAUAUCAAAACACUAAGCUGGUUCAACACCAGUACAAUCUAAUUCUGUGUGGAUUUUUUUUUUGCCCCCGAUUCAACUGUAUUGAGUGUGCAUGUAGCCCUUUCAAACAAGCUGCAUUGAGAAUGGAAAGGGGUCUGUGGGAAUCUGAUGUUGGCGUGGUUUGUAGCCUGUUUGAUCUAUAUGUCCAGGCCCAGCUCAGGUUCUGGUAUCAAAUGCACACCACCUGUUUGUGUGUGGCAUUCCCGGUGCAGCUAGUGAUAAUGUGUACUGAAACUUUCUGUGUAUUUGUCUAUGUAAUAUGGAUCUGGGGGACGGCAGCGGCUGGGACACGACUUGUCGCUUUCGCAAAGGCAAAGGAUACUGCAGUUUCUCCUCCCCCAAAGUUGGCUAGUUAAAAUGUAAACGAUGCUGUAAUCCCACCCCGAAAAACAAGCACCCCUUUCUUAUUAAAGCAUAAACACAUUUUGCAAAAUUGGAGUUCUAACAUUGAGAGGGAAUGUUCUCUGCUGCUGGAAUCUAGCUCAAUAUACCAUAGCUGAGGACAGGAUGAGAGUGGAGGUGGCAGCGUUCCUGCUCGUACUCAAACCUCAUCCCAUUUUAAAUUGAGGGGAAGGAACUAUCAGUCGGAGUGCUGUUGCCUAGAGCAAAAAAUCCGUGUUUUGUGGCCCUUUGAGCGACGGGCCCCCACUGCUGAAAUUCCCUUUUCUGCCUAGCAUCUCACCACACCAAUGCUCCACCAUCUUACCACCUAGAUCAGAAUGACAAGGAAGGCAAGACGAGUUGAACCACAAAAGAGGGUGAAUUUUGAAUGUUGGAACCGAACAGGAAAAAGAAAGUCUGGUGUGUUAACUUUCAGCAGUGUUCUGUCUUCAAGAGUAAUGGUUCUGUCCAUUCUCAUGGGUUUCAGAAAAUGAUCUGUGACUAGUUCCACUUAAAAAAUAAUGAUCAAGUGGUGCCCUUUCAAACUUAAUUUUAAUUCAACAUAAAAUUUCACUGGUUAAUCUGUUUCAGAGGCAGUAAUGGAAAUAGUACUAGCAAGCAGCACAAGACAGAUACACAAGAGUAAACUGUGCACAAGCAGUUUGCCCAUGGAACAAUUCUGUGCAUGUUGGCUUGCAAAUAAGUCCCACUCUGUUUAUUUACUUCUUACACCUUAGCUUUGAAGACUGCUGCCUCAGGCAUUAUAAUGGGUUGAAUCCUGACAAAAGCUGAGCACUUCCAGGUCUAAUUGGCUUCAGUGGGACAAAGUAAUGUGUGCUCUUAACAGUGCUUAUGUAUAGUUACUUGGAAGUAGGUUCUAUUACAUUCUGUGGGGCUUACUCCCAAGUGAAUGUAGUUGCAGCUGAAGUCUCUUCCUGGAAUCUGAGACCUAAAAUCUUUACUAGAUUGUAGCUGAGAUUGCUAUUCAGGUCCUCGUUUACAUAGACAAAUCCUGUAUGAAUUCUUGCUGUGCCACCUCUUGCUCAGGAGAAAGGGCAGGAUAUAAACCAGGCACAGGCAAACUCAGCCCUCCAGAUGUUUUGGGACUACAACUCCCACCAUCCCUAGCUAACAGGACCCAGUGGUCAGGGAUGAUGGGAAUGGUAGUCUCAAAACAUCUGGAGGGCCGAGUCUGGCUAUGUCUGAUAUAAACUGAGUAAAUCAUAAUAUACACCAGAACUUACUGUUAUUAAUAUGGCCACUCUAGUCUCUUUAGGAAGGGCAAAUCUCUCUCAUGGGCUUUCCAUCUUCCCUAACCCCACCUGUCAACAGGUUGGCCUAUUCAGUGCAUAGUCCUGUUUGACCAACCUAUAUUCCUGGUGGACAUCUUAGGCAACACUUUUGAAAGAAGCAGUACUUGGGAGUGCUUUCUUAAAACAGGAGAAUGUGUUAAAUUAUUUCCCUUGGAGACGCGCUGUUGGAACAUUUCUUUUUCUUGUUCAGUUCCAUCAGUUCUCCACUUGACACCAGAUUGAGGUUCACUGCUAAGUUGUGCAGAUGUAGCACGGCCAGCUUGGGUGUUGGAGAGUAUGCUUGGCAGAAUCUGAGCCACUUGUGUUUUGGCAGGAACGUUGAAGACCUUCGUGAAGACUGGGUUAAGGUCUUAAAAGAGUAAAAAUAAGUGUAAAAGGGGAGAGAUGUGGACCUCAGCAAUCAGGGAACCUUUGCCACAUUGACUUCUCUGCUGAAGAAGCCCUGCCUCUUCCGUUGCAGAGCCUGGGGCAUGGUUUAGGGAUCAUAGCCAAUUUACAUGGAGUGUUGUCCUGGCCUCUUGGUUGCUCAAGUGAAUUCUGAAUGCCCUGAAGCACAGCCAAUACUCCUUGUGUUUCCCAAGGGAAGAUUAGUAAUGAUCAGAUGAGCUGCCUUCUAAGAAAGCUUGUUGACCACGACAAAUCUUCACCCUGAUUGAGUCCCUGAUACACUUCCAGGUUUCCCCAGAAAACCACAAAUUAUUCCGAGCCUUAUCCUUCAUUGCCAACCAGGUCCUUAAUGCUGGACUCCGAGCAACAGAGGAGGAGAUUAAGUUGUAGGAUAGGGUCAGAUUGCACCAUAAGUAAUUCAGUUACAUGGGGAGGUGAUUUGCGAGGCAAGCUUUCCUUUGCAGCAGAGUUCUGAGCCUUUCCCCCUUCCUAACAGCUAAUUAACAAGCUGCUUUAGAAACUCCGGUUUGUUUUUAAUAAGUUUUUAGCCUAUUUCCUUGUUCUUUCCCAUUGUGCAUGUCUUGGAGCCCAAGAUCCGAGGGUAGAGGGUUCUGAAGUUGUGCACAGCGCUGCCUUUGGCACGAGGUGAGACACCCCACCGUGGGCUCAGAAGCCCUUGCCUGGGCUUUUGGGGCUUCUCUGCAUCACAGCCACUGAGCUGCAAUGCCAUGCUGUCAACCAAAGGGUAGAAACUAAAGUUAACUAAUCAACAUGCCAAAAAAGGGGGGGAGGGGAGAAAGGCCUCGAAGCAGAACUUUGUUCAGACUAUUGUUUGCGUCUUUUAUUUAUUUUUGUGGUAUAUGGUAGAGAUUUUUUUUUUUUUAGAAAAUUUUCCACAAACUUGAUAAAUUAAAGUUGUUUAUAGCUUUUUUCUAAAAAAAAAAAGCAUUGCUCUUAAUUGUAAAUAGAUGAUGGGAAAAGAUGUACAUAUUUUUUUUGUAAGGCUUCAGAUGUUUAAUCCUGGAAAAGAAAAACACAAGCAUAUUGUUUUGCUGCUCUUCCCCUGCUACUCUGCCCCACUCCCUGUCCUUAUUUUUGUAUGGCGAUAUAUCCUAUGCAAAUGAUCAAGCAAACAGCUGUAUCGUUACUGAAAGAGAAUGAGAUGCUUUAUAUAUAUAUAUAUAUAUAUGACCCCCUCUUUUUUUUGAAAAUAAAAAGUGCCUAAAAGCA